GUUACCUCAUACACCCUCCAGGCAUACGCUCCCUUCACACAGUGGUAAACUCUCAAAGACCCAACCACGCCACGACAGAGCCACUCCUAGAUCCUCGAAGCCUCUUUGAGACUUUCAACCAUGCAACAACAACAGGACCCAGCGGCCACCUCCGCCCCAGGGGUUGUCACGCUCGAUGAACCACACCCAAAUGGCCCUGUGCCUUCGCUCGAUACCCAGCAUCGGGAUGACGAAAGUCGCCUGGAGGGCCUUCCAGCCGAAUUGCGCCGGCACAUUCUUUCUCUCUUGGACAUCCACUGCCUGAAAGCCCUUGUCCAUGCGUCGCCCACCUUUCACGAGCAAUAUCGCCACGAUCGCAGACACCUUCUCAGCACUUUAUUGCAUGUAACAUUGGGAACUGUUACUCUCGAUGCUCUAUUUGUUUACAGGGCGCAGGCUCUGGAAACAAGCUCCUUUGAACGCAUGAGUGAACUAAUACACAUCUGGUCGGGGACAUGGCCACAGAGGGCAUCAUUUCAGCUUGCUGCCCAGGGUGGAUUGGUCAUUGAAGAUGCAGCGGUUGCUAUGGUCCGCUUUUACCUCAAUUUUGUCGCCCCGGUCGCAAGUCAUUUCAUGAACAAAACCUUGAGCACUCUGAGGUCACUGGAUGCAAGCGCUGGUGAUAACUCAGACUCAGAUGCUGAACCCAGCAGUACAGAGUGGCAAAGAUGUCUGAGAGCUGCCUACAGGUUUCAACUACUCUGUUGUGCCACCCGGCCCGCCAUCACCCAGCAAACUUUCCAUGUCCGUGGGAUGAAUGCAUCUCGUAUAUUCCACACCCCGGAGCCGUGGGAGGCCGAAGAGCUCCUUACUUUCUAUGAGUUUGCCGAGUAUACUUACUACAAUCUCUUCAAUGAGAUUGCGGCAGCAGUGAACCCCUAUGACCCCAGAUUCGAGGAUCAAGAGCACGUUCGCCUUCUUCCUGUUCCGAUUGGAUCAUCAAUCGAGUUCCAUGACCCUCGGGAUGAUUACACCGCGCGUAAUUACCUAGAAGGAACCACGCUGCGCGGUGGUCUUCAACUCCUUCGUACCGUCCUCAUCGACUGCAAGUCUGAAGACUUGGAGCCGCUUGUCACUACAAUACAGCGCAGCGUUGUUCAAUCAUGGAUACCCAUCAGCACACUGGACGGCUUCCUAAGCUCUAGGUUUCAGAGAUGGGGCUCGCGUCGGGGGCCUCGCGAGAAGCUCAUGAAGGAACACGCCCCGCUACCAUUCCAAGGGGAUGACUUGGAUCGGCCACCACUGUGUUGGACCGACAUAUGGGAUGGUCAAUAUAGCAACCUUAUUGGAGGCUACAUUCCCAAUGAAAUUCGAAAAUGGGGAUAUGUCUUCUGGGACGCAGACAGAAUGAACAGACACGGCCGUAGACACAUGCUGUCGGAGCAAUGGACUGGCUGCUGGGAAGGAGAUCCGAGGGAAGAUCUUAUCCCGUAG